UCGUACACAUUCAGAAUCUCCAUAUCAUAAUUCAUCUCAGGUUCCAUCUAUGCCUCGUAACGAAGAUGGUGAUACAGGAAUUUGGGAAAUGUUAGAACGAACAUUACGACUUCAUCUAUCUAACUAUCAUCUUAUGAUGUCACUAUUGGCAAUCAACAAUCAUCAAAUAGUGCGGACGAUG